AAUAGAAUUUUCUGCGCAUGCAUUUUGUUCAUCUAUUUUUAUAUGAAUUGCUCAUAUACUGUUUCAUUGACUUGACGCCAUAUUGACUACUACUUUUAAAGGAUUUAUACAUUUAUUUUCAUUUAAUGAGGUAAUCAGUAUGGAUCCGUUAUCAGAAAACGGUUAUCAGCAGGAAGAAUCUUUUCUGAAAGUUGCAAAGGAGAAUUCGAUAUCUUUUUGUUCGACUUUCUUAAAAUAUAAGGACGUACAUUCAUUUCUGCAUCGGUCUGAAGGAGGAUUUAUAUCAACGCGCUGUGUUAAUGCUACGUUUGGAGAAAUAUAUUGUUUAAUGCAGAGCAAUCUCGACAUUGACGGAGUUGUACUGGAGAUGAAGGCAUUGACGGCUAUCAAAUUCCCAGUUUUUUACAUGAACCUUUUACCAAGAGGUGAUGGUAGUAUUAUAUCCAUGUACCCGAUUCUUAAGAAGCACAUAGAUAUAACUCAAUAUCAGAGAACUUCAUUUUCUUUAUUAAAAAUGUGCAAUGGUAUACAACUUUUCAGUUCAUUUGGGUGGCAAGUGAAUUUAGCGCUGAUACCACUACCAAAUAUAGAUUCAUCUUUUGACCUGCCCAGUGCUUUAAACUACAAAUUGAUUGCAAACCAGUACUUUAACCGAGUAAAGUCCACCUUCCAAAACAAUCUUCUGAAAUUAUCACCAAAGGAAUUGUGUAAAGACACUUUUAAGAAGAAUUCGAUCUUUGACGUUUCAAAAUGGAGGGUUUUGGCAAAAGAUCAAUCCUUUGUCAUGGCCAUAUUAGAUAAGACUUUGAUUGCAUGUCAGGCUCCUCCGCAUCAUCGAAUUUCCAUUGUAGCUUUUCGUUUUGGAGAGAGAGAUUCCGUUCAAAUCCAACUUGCAAAUGAUUUUUGCAUUGAAUUAGUUACAUCUCUUACCACCCAUAUUGCCGUAACAUUCAAGAGCAUAGAUGACAAAAUUCACUUUUUCUGGUCACGUGACGGAAUUCAGAAGCUUGUAGGCUUUCGAGGAUCAUUACUUCCAGUCCUUUCCUUUAGAGAUUGCUGCAAUUUUCAAACAAAUUUAGAUGGUCGUCCAAACGAUAUCUCGGAUGAACUGAGGAAUGUGUGCAUGCAUCCCAAUAAUUUGAGAUUUUUGCAAUUAUACGCAGACUCGCCCCACAUGCAUUGCAGCGCUAAGCAUCCUCUAUCUGGUCUUAUAGCGACAUGUAAUUUACUGCAUCCUAAAUCAACUGCUCACCUUUCCCGACUUUCUGAUGAUUAUCUCUCUGUAUGUCGUGAAAACUGCCAUAAAUUAGGAGAAGCCAUGCCAAUGCGUCUCGAAGUUGUUGUGUCCUUGGACGAUAUUCCGUCAGUGCUGAUUGCAAAGGAAAUAAUUAACCUAGAACAUUUAGAAUUACUUAUGGAUAAGUAUCCUAUGGUUGUGCCUUUUCAAGAAACGGUAAUAUAUUGCGGUCAAAGAUUAAGUUUUAUUUCUUUCAUAAAGAAAAUAGCUGAGCUAAUUUUUCACACAUUGGUCAAAUUGAAAGAAGAAAAUAAUGGCUUGGGCAAAAUGAUUCCCAGCUGGGAAGCUUAUCAGUACGAAUUGUGUAACGAAAUGUUAUGGUGGGGAAAACUGAACUCUUACACAGACGCCAUUCUAUCGCGAAACCUUGGUCCUGGUGAUGGAAAAAAUAAUCGGUCUGUUACCUUCGAAUAUGGUUUUUUAUGUCUGGAAUCCAGUAGUGACUGCGCUCUGGAUGAAAGCUCACCACCGCCGCUGCAUCACUGGACUACUUUAAAGUCACAAAUUGAAAGAAUCCAAAGAUUAUUCUCAUUUGGAGACUUCCUUUCUUGCAAUGAUAUAAUUUUAGGAACAAGAGUAGUUCUUCUACUCAUUGAAGAUAUAAAAUAUAGCAGGGAUGAGAGCCAUAAGAUCCCCUCACUGACACACGACCUAAGACAGGCAAGCGUGCCUUCAUGGGCUUCGUGUAUUUUAUCUGUAUCAGGGAACAGUUAUGUAAAGAUCUGA